AUGGCUGGCAACGUGAAGAAGAGCUCGGGGGCCGGGGCCGGCGGCGGCUCGGGGGGCUCGGGCGCGGGCGGCCUGAUCGGGCUCAUGAAGGACGCCUUCCAGCCGCACCACCACCACCACCUCAGCCCGCACCCGCCGGGCGCCGUGGACAAGAAGAUGGUGGAGAAGUGCUGGAAGCUCAUGGACAAGGUGGUGCGGCUGUGCCAGAACCCGAAGCUGGCGCUGAAGAACAGCCCGCCCUACAUCCUGGACCUGCUGCCCGACACCUACCAGCACCUGCGCACCGUGCUGUCGCGCUACGAGGGCAAGAUGGACACGCUCGGCGAGAACGAGUACUUCCGCGUGUUCAUGGAGAAUCUGACCAAGAAGACGAAGCAGACCAUAAGCCUCUUCAAGGAGGGGAAGGAGAGGAUGUACGAGGAGAACUCGCAGCCUAGGCGGAACCUGACCAAACUGUCCCUGAUCUUCAGCCACAUGCUGGCCGAGCUGAAAGGGAUCUUCCCGAGUGGACUCUUCCAAGGAGACACCUUCCGGAUCACGAAAGCGGACGCGGCGGAAUUUUGGAGGAAAGCUUUCGGGGAAAAGACAAUAGUCCCGUGGAAGAGCUUCCGGCAGGCCCUUCACGAAGUGCACCCCAUCAGUUCCGGGCUGGAGGCCAUGGCUCUGAAGUCCACCAUUGAUCUGACCUGCAAUGAUUACAUUUCAGUUUUUGAAUUUGACAUCUUCACACGACUCUUUCAGCCCUGGUCCUCUCUGCUCAGGAACUGGAACAGCCUCGCUGUGACUCAUCCCGGGUACAUGGCUUUCCUGACCUACGACGAAGUGAAGGCCCGGCUGCAGAAGUUCAUCCACAAGCCUGGCAGCUACAUUUUCCGGCUGAGCUGCACGCGCCUGGGCCAGUGGGCCAUCGGGUACGUCACUGCCGACGGGAACAUCCUGCAGACCAUCCCGCACAACAAGCCCCUCUUCCAGGCCCUGAUCGACGGCUUCAGGGAAGGCUUCUACUUGUUUCCUGAUGGGCGGAACCAGAAUCCCGAUCUGACGGGCUUAUGCGAGCCGGCUCCCCAAGACCACAUCAAAGUGACGCAGGAGCAGUACGAGCUGUACUGCGAGAUGGGCUCCACCUUCCAGCUCUGCAAGAUCUGCGCCGAGAACGACAAGGACGUCAAGAUCGAGCCCUGCGGACACCUCAUGUGCACGUCCUGCCUGACGUCCUGGCAGGAGUCAGAAGGCCAGGGCUGUCCUUUCUGCCGAUGUGAAAUCAAAGGCACGGAGCCCAUCGUGGUGGAUCCGUUCGACCCCAGAGGGAGUGGCAGCCUACUGAGGCAAGGGGCCGAGGGCGCACCCUCCCCAAACUACGAUGACGACGACGACGAGCGGGCCGACGACUCCCUCUUCAUGAUGAAGGAGUUGGCUGGUGCCAAGGUGGAGCGGCCGCCGUCCCCCUUCUCCACGGCCCCGCAGGCCUCCCUCCCCCCAGUGCCGCCCCGGCUGGACCUUCUGCAGCAGCGAGUGUCCGUUCCUGCCGGUCCUUCGGCUCCUGGGACCGCUGCCAAGGCUGCUCCGGGCCCCCUCCACAAGGACAAGCCUCUGCCGGCGCCCCCCACGCUUCGAGACCUCCCUCCGCCACCGCCUCCAGACCGGCCUUACUCUGUCGGGGCGGAAGCCCGGCCGCAGAGACGCCCCUUGCCUUGCACACCAGGCGACUGUUCGUCCAGGGACAAGCUGCCCCCUGUCCCCUCCAGCCGCCUUGGGGAGUCGUGGCUGCCGCGGCCCAUCCCCAGAGCGCCAGUAGCCACCCCAAGCCCGAGUGACCCCUGGACAGGGAGAGAGCUGACCAACCGCCACUCGCUUCCGUUCUCGUUGCCCUCGCAAGUGGAAGCCCGCGCGGAUGUGCCCCGGCUGGGCAGCACCUUCAGCCUGGACACGGCCACGACUAUGAACAGCAGCCCGUUAGCAGGUCCAGAGUACGAGCACCCCAAAAUCAAACCCUCCGCUUCCGCCAGUGCCAUUUACUCUCUGGCUGCCAGGCCUCUUCCUGUGCCAAAGCUGCCACCUGGGGAGCAGGGUGAGAGCGAGGAGGACUCGGAGUACAUGGCUCCCUCCUCCAGGCCUCUGGGGCUUCCGAAGCCGGAGGCGAAGCGGCCUCCAGAGCCCGCACCGGGCUUACGGGACUGUGACUGUGACCAGCAGGCUGACGGCUGCACCUACGAAGCGAUGUAUAAUAUUCAGUCCCAGGUGGCGCCGGCUGUCCCCGAGAGCAGCACCUUAGGUGACGGCAGUGCGGCCGCAGCCCCGGCUGGCGCGGGCCCCGAGGAGUCGGAGAACGGCGAGGACGGCUACGAUGUCCCGAAGCCCCCGGUGCCGGCGGCGCUGGCCCGCCGCACCCUCUCGGACAUCUCCAACGCCAGCUCCUCCUUCGGCUGGCUGUCCCUGGACGCGGAGCCCGCAGCGAGCUUCACUGAGGGUUCCCAAGUUCCUGAGAGGCCCCCCAAGCCGUUCCCUCGGAGAAUCAACUCGGAACGGAAGGCGGGUCACUGUCCGCAGGCCGCCGCGCCCUCGCCCCAGCUGUCCAGUGAGAUCGAGAGCCUCCUGAGCCAGGGGUACUCCUACCAGGACAUCCAGAAGGCCCUGCUCAUCGCCCACAACAACAUAGAGAUGGCCAAGAACAUCCUCCGCGAGUUCGUGGCUGUGUCCUCUCCUGCCCACGUGGCCACCUAGCGCCGGCCUGCCGCGCCUGCGGAGGACCGACGAGCUGGGCUGCCCUGUCCCCACGGCCGGGGCUCCUUUGGAGGCUUCGGUGCAGCUGAGCCCGGCUGCGAGGCUGCCUGCGGCUCUGACACGGCAGCAGUGGGACCAGCGCGGAGCAGCCGGUGUGCGUUGUCAUUGUGUUUGUUCUGGGGUGCGUUUGAGGGUGUCCUUCAGUCCCUGCUCAGUGUGGGCUUUGGAACAGUGGUGGCCAACCGGGGAAACCGCCCAGAAAGCAGCAGGAGGAGGGGUGCUGUGCUCUCAUCCAAAGGGGAGACUUCAGACCCUCCUGGGUUGAGAAUGUGCUUGUGUACGUGUGUCUGUCUGUGGUGUGCGUGUCCUGUGAUUAUCAGAUUAACCUGCUGUCUGUGUGCGUCCCAGGCGGGGACGAUGAGCACAAGAGGCUUAGGGAGGAGUCUUUCCAACUUCCAUGCCCUGUGGUGUCUGCCCAACCCCUGUGUUUCCCUCUUCACACUCCGUGGCCCGGACUGUUCGCAGAGCUGAACCUGUGUAUCAGCACACCCUCCAGCCUCUCCCGGCCUCUGCCGCGGCCUCGGUCUCGCGGUGGCUGCGCCCAGCCUUCCCGGAGCCGGGACGCCCGUUGCCGGGAGAGGUGCGGGCUGGGUCGAAGGGCUGCCCUGUGGCUGGGCUGUCACGGUCGCUCCGAAGCACUGUUUUACAAGAACCUGGAACCUGUUAACAAAACGAUGUUUUAAUAAUCAUAACUGCAUAACGACUGGCUGGAGAUCGAAGCCUUCAGAUACAUUCCACACCCUCCCCAGACCUGGUCCGCGGGAGCCCGUGGCCUGGGCGCCAUGCCUGUGUCUGCCGUGGGUCCUUCUCGACGGGGAGGGGAGAGCAGUUGUUUCCAGCGUGGCUUUCUGGCCCGAACGCCCUGAAGCUUCCAGAAACCCUCCUCACACGCGCUUCACCUUGUGAUGCUUGAAAUGCACAACAUAGACAAUAAGGGUUGAUUUGUUCCGUUUUCUCCAGUGAAUUAAUCCCAGCUUACACGGGCGUCUCCCGCUGAACAUAAGCCAGGUUCUAUUUUCAGAAGUGAUUCUUUGCUUUGCCCUCUACGAGUGGGGUGCCCCCGGCAACUCAGUUCUCGCCUGUGCCCAGGCUUUGGGAAUGUAGCCUGUCCUCUCCUUUCCGGCACCCGAGGCCCCGCCCACCCUCUGGUGCCUGCCUCCCCUCCCCGCAGGAAGGCAUCGGUCAGCAGUGAGCGGCUCCCCAGCCCGGUGGGGCGCGCGCCCCCGGUGUUCGCAGGGCCCUGGCGUCGGCCCGUCCUCUGCCCAGGGUCUUUGGCUGACUCCCCUACGUGCUGGAGCCUCCUUCCUCAUCGGAAGCAAGCCUGCUCUUGAUUACUCUCCCCUCCUCGGAAUCCAAAUUCGCUUUUGUCUUUAGAUCCAGACAGAAAUGGCUCUCCUUAGAGCUCUCGCCUGUCUGUCAUCCUCGUAACUAAAACUCCUCCCGACUCUCCUCGUGGCUUUUGGCUCUUCGUAGCCCUUCUGGUUGUCCUCUUACCUCGGGGCCGUGCUGGCAGUGGGCGGCACGGGGCCUGUUGACUGGCUGGGUUCCCUGCCCGCACGGUGGGAAGAGCAGGCCCACCCCAGUGUGGAGGCCCCCCGUUGGGGCGCAGGGCACAGUUCGUAUCCUAAAGGCCAGAACACUUUCCUGUGUGGUGACGAAGGCUUGGGCAGGGAACUAAGGAAAUGGCAGCGGGUUCCAUGUCUCUCCACACUGAAGCCUCUGCCGUCCACACGACCCGCAGCCCGGAGAUCCGCCUGGAGACCAAAGCCCUGGAUCCCUGUGCUUCCCCUUCCCGAGUGCACCCAUCUUUAGGGACUGUUCUUGCUUCUGCAGGCGAAGGGCAGGUUGAUCUUUUCUUCCCCCACGAGCGCCCGUGCGGCUGGGCCCCAGCGGGCUGCCGGGUCCUGGUGCUGACGUGCGCCGGCGGGAGUGAUCGUUAGCUGUCCGGUGUUCGCGGGCAUUCGGGUUUUAGACCGAGCUGUGAAGUUUACUCUGACUGGUGCUCUUGGGUCCACGCCUGAGAUCGCCGAGAACCUCAGGACAUUUUCCACUGGCUCUCGUUUUGAGGAUGUUCCGAAAGUGGUAACUUCUUAGACUUUUCUUUGAGGCCCUGAUGAACUCCACUGUGCGGCAGUUUCUGAGUCUUGGGCCCUGCUCCGAGUUUCACUGAAAUUCUCUUUCACAAGAGGCUUUAGUUUGAGUUUUGCAAACUCAUCCCUUUUCCCUGUCACAGAUGAUUCCGCUUCUGACUGUCGGUGGAUAAGGUGAAAACCACUCGGAUGGGUUUCUUUUCCUUAGAUGCAUUAGGCUGUUCUGUUUUCCCCAAUCUCCUGCUUUCCUGGUUGCUUUUUAAAAAAUACAUCCUCACCCAAGGAUACAUUUUUACUGAGUUUAGAGGGAGAGAAACAUCAGUGUGAGAAACGAUUGGUUGCCUCCCAUAGGCGCCCCGACCAGGGAUUGAACGCACAGCCUCGGUCUGUGCUCCGACCAGGAAUGGAACCUGCGGACUCGGUGCCUGGGCAGGUCACUGGACACCAUCCCCCGGCACAGGAGCUGGGCGGCGUCACCGUGGCCCCGCCCCGUCUCUAAAGCACAGGCUUCUCCGGGCGGGGAGGGGGGACCCCCCUCGGUGACUAGGAGGCUGCGCGCCAGCCCCGCACCAGCCCCGCACUUCUCUCUGGCUCUGGACACUGGUGGGUGGCGCCUCGCUCCCCGGC